CGUAAUGUGGCUGGGGGCGUGUUUUGGUCACGUGAUUCAGGCGCGGUCUAUCCAGUGUCCUGUUUGUGAGACAAGCAGCCGGUGAAGGCGUCUUGUUAGGAAAAGCACAGCAACAAAAUGUCUUUCGAUCUGGCGUCAGCUUUAGGUGGGGGGGAAGAGGACGUGAAGAAGGAGGAAGCUCAGAAGGAUGAGAUUAAGUUGCCCUGGAAGAAGGACAAGGAUAAGGGAGACUGCAAGGACAAGUCCGACUCAACACACAAGUCUGACAAAGAUCACAAGUCUGACAAAGAUCACAAGUCUGAUAAAGAUCACACUUCCGACAAAGACGACAAGUCUCACAAAUCCCAUAAAUCUGACAAUAAGCACAAGUCUCACAAAAAGCACAAGGACAAGCACGAUAAAGACCACAAGAAGAAGGACAAGAAGAAGGAAAGGAAGGAGGGAAGUUCAUCAAGCUCCUCGUCUUCAUCCUCCAGCAGUGAUGAAGAGUAAAUGCCAGCUGAUCUGAAACCCAGGAUUGUUCAUCCAACAGCUAAGGAUUGAUGCUCCCUGAGGGACUGGACCUCUGUCAGUCUCUUGUGAUCUGAACUAAAUGAAUGUGUGUCUUAAAGUGUGCAGCAGUGCCAACCUUCCUUUGUGUCCUUUCAUUGAUGUCACUGAAACAUGCUGGUGUUGUGUAAACUAAUCUGCUAAUUGAUUGAAGUAAAUGUUUUAACAGAAAAAAGGCUUGUUUUCUUGUUUGUUUUUCCCUUCCAGUUCUUCUGGUCAGUAAAGUGCAUUUUUAUUCACCACAAGGUGGCAGUGUUAAAUAAAAUAUGAUACUUUUAAAGUUCAAAUACAUUGAAGCAGUUUUAUUUUCAUGAUUUAUACUUUAGGAUUAAAAAAUAUGGACAAUUAGUUUUUUUGUCAUUGCAUUAAUUUAGUAUAAAUUCCCAAAUAGAUACAUUAAUUUGUUCUUAUCAAAAGAACCAUUACAUGAAAUGUCAUUUUAAAAAGUGGAGCAUACGUCAGUGCAUUUCAGACACAAACGGAGCCUUGUGGUGUCUCAGUAAUCUUGCUGUAGAUCUUGUUUUGUCUCAUGUGCUGUGUUGUAUAAUGAUUGAUCGUUUUCCAUUUCUAGAAUGAAACAAAAUGGUCAGUUAUAUUGUGUUACAAUUAUCUUUAUAUGUCUGGUUACUAAAUGUAUUAAAGGGGACCUAUCAUGCAAAA